CCCUGCCCCCGCCGCCCCAGCCAGGUCCCGCUCCCGCCCGGUGCCGUGCUCGGGCCUGCCCGCCUCGCACUGCCCUUCAGCCCGAGAGCCGGGCCCUGUGCCAGGUCGAGGCCCCGGUUACCGCGUGUCGUUGCGGGCGCAGCUUGCCGGUAACGCCGGGGUGGGCCGAGUUUAACGCGGAGUUGCAGGGACCCGGUGCCGUUACCGCGGUGCGGUGGCGGUACCGGUACCGAGGCAGCUGCCGGCGGUGCUGCCUCUGGAGGUGCCGGGCGUGGGGGACAGCCACGGUAACGUGCGCACACGGAUCCUGGCCAGUGAGCGUACUCGUCGCUUGGAAAACAUAAGUACAGGGACUUCCAAAACACACCUUGCAGCAUCACCCACUGCCAGAACCAGGAGCUGAGGUGCACCCAGCCACACCCAGGGCUGAAAACCAUGGCAAGACCUCAAGGGAGUCUGAAAUCCAGAAGGAAUCGGAUUAUCCUUCUGUUACUCCAGCUGAUCGUGGGAAUUCAUGGUCUGCUAUUCAGGGUUAUGCUGACGCCUCCACCGAAGACAGCUCAGCCUUCUCUUGGGGCUAUGAUGAAUUUGAUAAAGCUGCCACACAGCAAGUUGAACAGAUGCUCAGACAAACUGAUGAGCUUCUCUAUGAGCAGACAGAAAAUGAGCAGGUUGAGGAACUGCGGGAAGAAUGCCAGCAGUGGACAUCCAAUUUUCCUCAUCUCAGGUUCCUCAGAUGUAAGUUCACCACCAGAAAAAGAUUCUCAUGAAUUUAGUGUUUUUGGCAAGAAGGUACCUCUUUCUGUUACUCCCAUUCACAAAAAGGCUGACCGUUCCAAGUCUCCGACCUUGUGUUCUCCAGAGAGUGAAGAAGGUGAAAAUGGAGUAAUUGUCUCUGAAGGCAUAAUGGAGGAAUAUUUAGCAUUUGACCACAGAGAUGUGGAGGAGGAGUUGCAUGAGAGGAGAAAGGGACUGUCCUCUGGUAGACACAAACUGGGAUUUCCUCCUAUUUCUCCAUAUGCUUGUAUGAAGGAUUCUGUGCUUACAUUUGUGUUUGAUGAUGUGUGGAGUGAAGUCAUAAGCUGCAUGGAAGAAUUAAUCUGCAGACACUGGGAAGGGUCAGCCUCUGAUGAUGAGAAAAAUAUUGUAGCAGUAGAAACAAUCAGAGCAGAUGCUGGAAGUGCUUUGCAAUUUGAUCCUCUGCCAGUGUUGUUACCUCCUGUGCCACAAACUAAAAUGCCCUCAGUGACUUCAGAUCUGUGCUCAAAACCCAGAUGUGGCCGCAAAAGCAAAAAGAGAAGAAAAACACCUCAAGUAAAUCUCUCUCAAGGGUCAAGUACUGGCUCUCAACAUAAUCUAAAUGGACUGAUGGUAAUACAGGGGAUCCAGCUACAGCAAAGGAAUCUGCCUGUAAUGGAGAAAACGCUGGAUCUGGAUGACAAACAGCUGGGUUCCAGUUCCAUCCUCUCUAACAGAGUGUGGCCAAAUCGUCCAUUAGAGCUCAGCACAUCAUCCCUGUCACAUUCCACAAGAAGGCGAAACCCACCGCCACGUACCCUGCAUCCCAUCAACACAAGCCACUCUCGUACUGGGACCCCAGGGUCUGUGGAUGAUGUCUUCAGGAGAACUCAAUUUCUGACUGCACAUGAGCAGCUUACCUCACCCUCCCCACUGCUGCUAAACCGAAAUAAUCUCCUACCACCUAUUAAUACCACCAGUAUGGCAGGUCAUGUGAGCACUGCAGGAUCCCAGAGGCAAACGAAAUCUCGAGGGAAUUCAAGUCGAGCUCACAGUGUAACAGCACAAGAAGAUACCCACCAGCAGCUACAGGAGCGGCUUCUCUUACCUGAUCAUUUAUCCAAGCCUAACACAACCAACACAUUCUUGCUAGAUCCACAGCGCCGCCGUUCUUGCACUGUUAUUGAUCACAGUAGUCAGUCUCGGACAAGCAGAGGAUCAAUAGGUUCAGGUCUUCAGCUGCAUAGGUCUGUGAAAACCCACAGGCGAAGCGGAUCAGUCACAAAAAGCAAACAGGGGUCUAACGUGCCAUGAAGCAUUCAUCCAUCUCCACAGAGUCAUGAACCACCUCUCAUUCUCAGCAAUGUCAACAU